UGAUAGUCAGUGUCCAAAUCACCAGAUCCAAAACUUUUUCCGCCUGCCGCAUCAUUCGAUCAUCGUGCUUGCUGUUCCCGGCCCGGCAAUUAUGAACUCAUGCUCAGGUUGAGACCCACUUUAUAUCUCCUCACACACCACUGUCGUUUCAUCCCUACUUCCUCGUCGCCGGCGUGAAUAGGGGCGACCAUGUCAGUUGUGGCAGACCAGGUACGGCGUCUGGAUGCGCAACUUGAUCGUAUUCCUUUCGCCCAUUUAAAUCAGCACGACGACGAAUUUGGUGCUCAAGCAACUGCCCAACUAGACUCACCACGAGUUAGGGAAUUGCUUCACAUCAUCAAAACACUAUCAACAACCUCCACUACUCAGCCCGUCUUGCCAGCAUGGAGACUACAAAAUCUUCUAACUCAGUCCAAUCUCGGCGCUGCGGCCAGCGACGAUGAGCUUGGUCCCAGCCAAUAUGAGGCUGAGCUUGAAUGGCUUCUUGUUAGCAAAGCUACCGUACAGACGUACGGUGUUAUUAUGGACACCCUCCUUGAUCAGAUCAUUCCCUUAAAUGAUCACAUCUGGUAUUGGGAUGAUGUCUUGUCGUCGCGGUCAUACAGCACACUUUACUUGGUACAAACCUCUCCCUGGAGGUUCUGGACCUGGACGCAAGAUAUUUACCAGGACAGUAAAACUCGUCUCCGCCGUCGUCGCUCAUCUAUCACCGGUGAAUUCUCCGAGCAAAACUUGGGCGAAGAGUUAACCUCGACCAUUUCGCAAAGAUGGCAGCAAUUUUACGGGAUUGUUAGAGAGACUAUUCGCGAGAGAUCUUUAGUGAACAUUCAAAGACGGAUACUGUCUCCGGCUGCUAUUGCUCGUGCUGAGGCACGGAAAAAGCAAGCAAAGCUGAAGAAACUUCGGGAAAUGACUUCGAGCGGUCUUGGCGUGCUCAUCGAUGAAGGUUUAGCAUUCGGAGGUAAUGGCAGCGACGAUGGUAAGAGUGACAUAAUCAUGUCCAACAACCAGGAAUGGAAAGGGGUCGUUGAACGUAGUGUUGCUCUCAUGGACAUGGUUCUCAAGGAUGUACUGACUCUGGAUGCGGGUGUUGCUGAGUUCGAAGACAAGGUCUUUGCUGGUGUUGAAGAAGACCCAGAGCUCUCCAUCCAGGUCGAGGAAGACGAGAGCAACAGACCUGCUGUGGUUGCCAAGCGCCUGCAAACACUCUUGAGAACACAGUUGCCCAACCAUUUGGAGGCAACUGACAAGCUCGUAGCCAAGAAUGGCCGACCGUCAAGACUCGUACGAUACUGGCUGCCUGCAACAGCAUUACUGCUUUCUUCGACGACGAUUUUACGCAUCUUUGUUAACCGAAGACAAGAGAUUAUCGACUGGAUCACUGACUUUGGGGCUACGGUCAAAGAUUUCUGGUUUAAUUGGAUUUUGGAGCCGACUCGCAAGGUUAUCGGAACGAUACGCCAUGAUUCGAAUAGUGAAAUCGCCAUCAUGAGCAGGGACAGCCUUAAAGCGGAUCGGGACUCUUUGGAGCGCAUGGUUGUCGACUUUGCGACGGAUAAACCAAGUUCUGCGAUUGGCGCCUCAUCGAUAUCUGAAUCUCAAAUCGCAGAUAUCAGAGCCAAAGUGAGAGAAGGUGAUCUGACCCCCGUGCUUCGAGCGUAUGAAAAGGAUCUUCAAAGCCCGCUUGUCGGUGCUCUUCGCGGGGACCUCGUACGGACGUUGCUCAUUCAGGUCCAGAAGACAAAGGUCGAUGUAGAGGUAGCUAUGACUGGCAUAGAUUCCUUGCUGAAGAGUCAGGAAUUGGUUUUCGGGUUCGUGGGACUGACCCCCGGUAUCCUGGUUUCCAUUGGUUUGUUCCGAUAUCUACGAGGGUUGUCUGGAGGAAGGAAAGGUUAUAGAAAGGAGAGCCAUGCCGUCAAGACUGUGCGUGUGCUUCGCAAUAUUGACCGCAUCUUUUCCGAGGCGACGCCAUCCCCCAACAACCUCCUAUCAUACAGAGACCAUGGCUUGCUGGUGUGCGAAGUACACGUUCUUCGUCGACUUGCGCACUCGCUUAUACCGGCCGAUGUUGAGAGGGAGUUUCUCGAGGAUCUGGAUGACCUCGCGAACCUCAAAGGCAUUCAAUCACAGGUGCGAGCACUUGAUCGUAUACGGUGGGCAUACGCGAAAUGGCUCAAAUAGCCCACAAUCAGACACGGAUUGUUAUGAUGAGCCAAUAGUACUGAAGACAUAUACAAAAAGAUAUCAAUCAACACUUAGCAUGCAGUAAUUAUUCACCACUUGGUUUUGGUCAUUCGAGUUGAUGAUGCGACUCACAAUCAGUGCGGCCUGGUGGUCAAUCAAAGUUUGGUGGACGAGGAAACAGCAGUAAGCUGGGAACGAUGCACUUUGAAAAUGUUGCUACAAUAAUGACUCACCUUUGUAACCUU